UCAACAACGAGCAGUGUCAUGAUGAUGGUGCUGUGGAUUACUUUGCUCUUUCUUCAUCAAGGAUAUUCUCUGGUUCCAAUGAAAAUCGUUCAGCUUGGUGAACCAGCAACGUUAACAUGUGCUUUACCCAGCAACAAAGAGCUCAGCACUCUGGAAGUCCACUGGUACAAGCAGAGUAUCGGGGAUGAGCUCAAACUGAUUUCAACACUGUAUGGAACUACACCACCUCAGUAUGGUCAAGAAAUAUUUAGAUCAAGAUAUGACGCAUGUAAUACGAAAACAUUUAGCAAUCUGACCAUUUUGAAGACAGUCCAAGAGGAUGAAGGAAUCUAUCACUGUGGGAUCAUUGAAUGGCUUAAUCCUGAAUGGAGUGGGACAUAUUUGUUAGUAAAAGGAAACACUCAGAGGGCAUCAAACUAUACUGUCGUUCAGUGGCCAGCUGUAUCAGAUCCAGUCGAUCCAGCAGACACAGCAGCUCUCCAGUGUUCAGUUUUCUCUGACUUUGACAACAACACAUAUGCACGGGAUCGUGAUGUGUUCUGGUUCAGAGCUGGUUCAGACAAAUCUCAUCCUGGCAUCAUCUACGCUGGCAGAAAGAAACCAUCUGACCUUCAGAAUAAAUGUGUUUAUCGCUUCUCUAAGAACAUCAGCUCCUCUGAUGAAGGGACUUACUAUUGUGCUGUGGCCACAUGUGGGGAGAUAUUAUUUGGAAAUGGAACCGAUCUGAAAGCUGUGCAGAAAACACAGUCGGCAUUUAUUCACCUGGCCGUAAUAACAGUGUGUUUGGUCAUUUCUGUCACUGGAAAUGUUUUCCUCAUCUGCAACCAAAGAAUACAAAAUAAAGAAAAUGCUAUAUCGGAAGACCAAAUUGACACCUCACACCAACCAGUUGAAACUGACAGCCAUGUAAACUAUGUUGCACUGAACUUCAGUGAAAGAAAAUUGAGAAGCACAAGGAAGAGAGACUUUGCUGAGGACAGCGUCUACUCUCAAAACGUCAGCUCCUCUGAUGCUGGGACUUACUACUGCGCUGUGGCCACAUGUGGGGAGAUAUUAUUUGGAAAUGGGACGACACUCGAACUUGCAGAAAGUGCAAUAACUGGAGCACAAAAUGACGCCUUACGCCAACCGACCGAAGCUGAUGAAGAACUAAACUAUGCUGCACUAAAUUUCUCUGAAAGAAAAACGCGAGGAAGAAAGAAGCGAGAGCCCGCUGAGGAGAGCGUCUACUCUCAAGUUAAAUGAUAGAACUGAAAUUUCAAGUGAGCCUGACAUCCUGUUACAGAACCCGUGUUUGAAACUCUUUGAUUUUACUCUUUUUAACUUAAAGGUCUGUUUUUUACUUAUUCUAUUUGGACUCUCAAAGCCAACAUAGUUUUUCUUGCAUUUUUUG